AUGGCAUUAAAAACAGAAGGUGGUAAAAAGAAACCACUUAAACAAAGUAAAACUGAGAAGUUUGAAACAGAAGAAGACAUUGAAUUUAAAAGAAGACAAGCAGAAGAGAAGAAAAAGUUGCAACAGAUGAGUAAAAAUCUUCGAUCUAAAAAGUAG